CGGCGUUCGGCGUCCGCUUUUCGUUUCGUUCAGUAAUCAAGCGGAGUUCGUAUGGAGUCGACGCUCCCUUGCAGUACAACAAUAACAUAACCCCAUUGUUGUGUUGUUAUCGGGAAACUUUCACUGGCAAGUUGUGAAUUCGAGUGAACCGAGAGGCCUAGUCGAAUAGUGUAAGAGUGAACAUUGGUAGAAUCGAUUUUGAUUCAUCUUUUUUUCCGGAACGGGAUCUCUGUUGUGACCGCGUGUGUGUGAGUGGUGUUUAUAAAGUUGGCAUUGUUUGAUUUUGUGCAGUUUGUGUGGGUGACGACCGUGAACUUGUUGCUGUGACUAACUGUAAGGUGUAGUGACGGCUUUAAGCUGGCUUCGUCGGGCUCGGGCAGCCCGGCGCCGCCGCCGGUGCAGUGGCGGGUGCGGAGGAAACCAGUGUUUUUUAUUUCAGGUAAUUUCCAUACGGUGCGGAAAUUCGAUGGAUUUCAUUCAAUUAAUGCCCGCUGCACCCGUGUAGUGUUUGGCUGGGCGGGGGAUGGCUACAGAUGACCUUUUAGUGGUUAUUCUUUGUGAUUAGUGGUAGUGAGUGGUUGGAAUCGGCGACUAGUGCGCGUAGUGCGCGUAGUGUUUGCCAGUCAGUAGUGUCAAUGGUGCCAGUGAUGUGACAGUCUAUGGAAGUGUCAGGGGGUACUCGGAAUGUUCACGAAGAACAGCAGGGCCCCUGAGCGGUGCCACCACCCCUCGCAUAGGAGCUGCAAGAAGAAAAAACAUCCUCCGCACACACCCUGGAAGUACUUGAUGAAUUGCCCACUCGUUAGAAAAUGCUUCGGUCUACAGCUGCGGAGCAUAGAGGAGCCGCCGGGUGGCGCGGGCGGCGGUAUGCCCGCGCCAACCUGUUACGAUGCAGAAUGUGCCCGAACAGAAGCCUGGCUCGAUGAGAACCAGGAGUUUGUGCACGAUUACUUCCUAAGGAAGGCAACGCGGCAGGUUGUGGACGCGUGGUUGGUGUCACAUGCAACGCCGCCGAGCGCUGAACUUGCGUCCCCCUCGAGAGCCGGAUCCGGUUCCGGCGCUACUACACCUGUCAGGAAGAUCUCUGCGCACGAGUUCGAGCGCGGCGGCCUCCUGAAGCCGUUGGUGACGACAGUCGACGGCACACCCACCUUCCUCGGCGACCAGCCGCCACACGCCGCGCCCUCACGACCGCAACGACGGUCGCGGCACGAGCUGCGACAGUUGGACGAAAAGGAACUUAUAUUUGAAUUAGUAAAAGAUAUAUGCAAUGAGCUGGAGGUACGGGUGCUGUGUCACAAGAUUCUCCAGAACGUGUCAAUUCUCCUGGACGCGGACCGAGGCUCUCUAUUUCUGGUGCAGGGCGAGCGCGCGUCCUCCCCACACCCGCAGAAUGGAAGAUGUCUGGUGUCGAAGCUGUUCGACGUGUGCUCCAAGUCGACGCCGGAGCAGAUGGAGCAGCUGGAGGAGAUCAGGAUACCGUGGGGCAGCGGCAUCGUCGGCUACGUGGCCGAGAGCGGCGAGCCCGUCAACAUACCUGAUGCCUAUAAGGACGAAAGGUUUAACCACGACAUCGACCAGCAAACGGGUUACAAGACGAGAUCACUAUUAUGUAUGCCUAUCAAGGACAUCAAUGGCGAAGUCAUUGGAGUUGCACAGGUGAUAAAUAAACAGAGCGAUGGACCUUUCACGUCGUACGACGAGAAGGUCUUCUCAUCCUACCUCCAGUUCUGCGGCAUCGGCCUGCGGAACGCGCAGCUGUAUGAACGCUCACAGCUGGAGGUGAAGAGGAACCAGGUGCUGCUGGACCUGGCGAGGAUGGUCUUCGAGGAACAGAGCACGAUAGAGCACAUGGUCUUGAGGAUACUGACGCACACGCAAAGCUUAAUACAGUGUCAACGGGUACAGAUCCUUUUGGUGCAUGAAGCGUCAAAGGGGAGUUUCUCACGGGUUUUUGAUCUCGAAGCUGGUGACGAUGAAGAGCCUGGUACGCCGCGGACGUCGCCGUACGAGAGUCGGUUCCCCAUAAACAUCGGCAUCACGGGCUACGUCGCGACCACUGGGGAGACAGUGAACAUCGCUGAUGCAUAUAUGGACCCUCGUUUUGACCCUUCAGUGGACGAAGGCGCGGGGUUCAAACACAACACCAUAUUAUGUAUGGCGAUCAAAAACUCUGAGGGCAGAAUUAUAGGUGUUAUUCAAUUGGUAAACAAAUUCGACGAUCUUCUGUUCACGAAGAACGACGAGAACUUCGUGGAGGCGUUCGCGAUAUUCUGCGGGAUGGGCAUCCAUAACACGCACAUGUACGAGAAGGCAAUCACUGCGAUGGCCAAGCAGAGCGUGACGCUCGAUGUAUUAAGUUACCACGCGUCCGCUUCAUUGGACGACGCCCAGCGGUUAAGAAACUUAAGGAUACCCUCGUCAGCCCACUUUAACUUACACGAGCUAGCGUUUGACGAUAUAGACCUUACGGAUGACGACACCCUCCGAGCGUGUUUGCGGAUGUUCUUAGACCUCGACUUUGUGGAGAGGUUUCACAUAGAUUACAGCGUGCUGUGCAGGUGGCUGUUGAGUGUUAAGAAGAAUUACCGCAAUGUAACUUACCAUAACUGGAGGCACGCGUUCAACGUAGCACAGAUGAUGUUCGCGAUACUUACUUUUUAUUUUCAGGAGACCCAGUGGUGGAAAAUAUUCGGAGAGCUGGAGUGUUUGGCUUUAAUUAUUGGCUGUUUGUGCCACGACCUUGAUCAUCGGGGGACCAAUAACUCUUUUCAGAUCAAGGCAUCCUCACCCCUGGCCCAGUUGUACUCUACGUCCACGAUGGAGCACCACCAUUUCGACCAGUGUCUCAUGAUCCUCAACUCGCCUGGCAACCAGGUGCUGGCCAAUUUGUCCUCGGAAGAUUAUGAGAAGGUCGUCAAAGUCCUAGAAGACGCUAUACUGUCCACCGAUUUAGCUGUGUAUUUUAGUAAACGUAAACCUUUUAUCGAGCUAGUAAGCAAAGACCGAGCUGUGACGCCGCAUUGGGGCGAGUGCGAGGAACGACGGGGGCUACUCCGAGCGAUGCUGAUGACAGCAUGCGACUUGGCUGCUAUCACCAAGCCUUGGCCAGUGGAGCGACGGGUCGCAGCCUUGGUCGCUGGGGAGUUCUUCCGGCAGGGCGACCUUGAACGGAUGAACCUUAACCUUACUCCUAUCGACAUAAUGAACAGAGAUAAAGAAGAUCAAAUCCCUGCUAUGCAAGUCAAAUUCAUCGAUACUAUUUGCCUUCCAAUUUAUGAGGCAUUCGCCGUCCUUUCACAAUCACUACAACCAAUGCUCGAUCGGGUGAAGAUCAAUCGGGCGCAUUGGAUCGAGCUGGCUAACAACGACAGCGGAGAGAAAUACGACUACGCGUUAGACCAAAUACCAGAGAGAAAUGACAAGUCUAGUACCAGCUCACAUGUAGAUGAUACAGAAAACACGUAUGAAGGCGACAGUAGUGGCGCGGUAAGCUUGUCUUCAGAAACCAACUCCAAAUUCGAGAACCUAGAGAACCCGGUCGUUGGUCUCGUCUGUAACAACACAUUGGCGCUACCGAAAGAUCCAAAAAUUUGUCAGCUCAACGAGUUGAAUUGAAGGAUUACGUCCAAUAUAUCAUUUCUGAGACCAAUAGUGGAAAUAAGGAUUAAUGUUUAUGGUUGUAGUGUUUUGUUACAAGCAAGGGGUAUACCUAAGGUAUAGUUAGGGCACAGUAUAAGGAGAGGCACACGGACGCCUUUGAUCUCCUGGUAUAUGGCUACCACGACGAAUCUUCAAUAUAGGUCCCGGAAUUACUAGGGCCGUCUCGGCUCCCUUUCCGAACGAUCAUUGUCUAGAUGGCUUCGUCAAACUUCUGUGGUUAUAACAUACUAUCCUUACUCUGUGGUUAGAGGGUUCUUUGGUGCGUAUGAAUGCAGCGAAUACAUGCAACGUACAAAACGCAUAUGUCGAAUACUUAUCAAAUUGUGCUGAGUUGUUUAAAAUGCUUAAAACCGCUUAAAGUGAUACGUCAGUGUAUUGCGUAUGCAGCGUGCGUGCGUUGCAUACAUAUGCACCAAGAAACGAGCGGCACGAGAAAAAGGCUAUUAAAUUUCAGUACUGAAAGUACGAAUAACGCCAAUAAGUCGCCCGGUCUGCACUAAAGGGCGAGCGAACUGUACUAAUGAUAUCAUCCGCAUUUCUUGUGCGUGCGCCGUGCGGUUAAUCUGUAAUCAUUAUAAAUAUGAGUCUGAGGUUGAAAUCCAUAGAGAGAACUUUGUCUUUGCUUAGACUUAAGUUUCAGUUAAAACGAGACAGAUUUAUGCCAGUCGUAUACUUGUCGUGACUUAAGCCUGAGCAAAGUCAAAGUGUGCUCUAUAAUUCUCUGCCUAAGUUUUGUCAUACUCACUUCUAGCAGAAUUUUGCGUUUAAGCUUUAGCCAACUUCGAUGAAAUCCGCUUGGUAUGCGAUAAGCAAAUCGCUUGCGCCGAAUGCAUCUACGACCUUUUAUGGGCAUGUUCCAAUUAUUGAGUAUUAUGUUAAAAGCUCCCAUGGCGUGUUAAAUAGUCUCUCUAUAUAAGAGGGACGAGUUGGGAAUGGGACGAGCUGCGAAUGGGACGAGGACGAGCUAUUGUGAAAGGGACGACUUGCUAACAAACCAUAUAUUCAUUUGCUAUUCGCGUUUGUUCGUAUAUCGCAUACCGCACGAAUUUCGCAUCACUUUGACCAAAGUUUAGUUUUACGUAAAGAAAGAGGAACAUCCAGUUUUAAAAGAAAAUUGUUGAUAUAGACGACAAAAUCAUUUUUAAACUAUUUUUCAGCUUGAAGUGGGUUAUAUUAUCAUGUUACAGGAAACCUUGCAUUAAUUUUCAUCCGUCAAAUAGAUGGUAAUAGUUUCUAUAUUGAACAGAUCUGUUACAACUAUUGUUGUUCAGUGUUCCUAUUGGUCCAGAAUAAUGGUACUGUGUGUGUGUGUGUGUGUGUGUGUUUGCGUUGAGAGUUGUGUGAUAUUCGUGUAAUAUAGAUGAUAGUCGAAUUUCAAAUUCAUCUAACGCAAGGCGUUAAUAGUUUGAUUCACCGACAUGACCAUUGACCAUGUUCUCGUUAUUUUAUUUUACAAAUCAUGUAGCUUUACAUUUUUUUACGGGAGAUCACGUAUGUAAAUGUUCGUAUUUACUUACCUCAUUCGUCUAUUCCUACUACGUGUAACAUGAAGAUUUUUUUGUGUGAUUCGCUAGUUUUUUGUGUCAUUUAAGAUACAGGUCGGUUUGCAAGAGCUGGCACGUUCACAGUAAUCACACUAACGCAAUUUUAUUAUACGGCAUGUUGAAAAAAAAACUAUUUAUAUUAUUUGAAUGAGGUUGCGCCCAAACUAUAGUCGGCGUGAUGCGAUUUUUGAGAUAAAUAUCAUUUCUACGCUAUAAAUAAUGUACUUGUUCCUCUAAAUUUAAUUUUAAAUCCUUAAAAAAAAUUACACCCGUCACUGUUUUUAUUGUGAUGCAUGAAAUAGUAAAAACGUUGUAACACAACACUAUUUCACGAGGUUGUCCUCUUAGAUGCUAGAUCCAAAUUUUCCAGAAAGCAUUUUAUUCUGACCUCGAAAUAAACAGUUAUCGGUUGACUGACUGAUGGGCUUAAAAACAAAACAUCACGCUGUAUUUCAUUAUAGUAGUAAAAGAAAAAAAUAACAUUCUCUUUCACGCUCACUAGCUUGACCGCAUGCGAGAGAGACAAAUAAAUUUUCAUGACACUUGCACUUAUUCGUACACGCCCAAUGUGUGAAUGUGUUGUACGUACCAGCUCUUGUUAACACGGCUGUACUUGUAUAAUUUAUAGUAAUAUAAUCCGACUAAUCGCAGAUUAAAUAUCAGGGCCUAACUCACGUGACAUUUAGUAAAUAAAUGACCAAGAUACCAAAAAUUCUUAUAUAGUUAGGUAUUGUACUAAAUUAUUCUUUAAUCGAUUCCGAGGAAAUGCAAGCUUGAGUACAUAUUGUGAUUAUAGAAAUUGCACUAGGAUAACGUUUAGUUUUUAGUGAAUAAGUUACAGGUAUAACGCUUAACUGAGUAGAUUCCUGCGGUAGUAAAGUUGUGGGGGGGGGGGGGGGGGGGUACGACCUCACGCGGGAGUUCAGUAUCCUCAGUACAAGAUUUUACUUCUCACCUUUGACAGUAUUCGAGAGUCGAAACAACAUAGCGUCAAAGUAAAAUGGACCUUAGCGGCCUUGAUUUAAAGUCAAAAAUUCAGCACCAUUGAUUUUAAUUUCGCAACGUUUCCGCUUGUAGCGCAGGCUGUAAAUAUACGUACAAACUUGAGCAUUAAAACAAGGCUGUUAAGGGCCAUUUUACUUUAAGCGUUAAAGUUGUUCGAAUCUCAAAUACUAUCAACUAGAAGGGGAAUCUUAUACUGAGGUACUGUGAGUCGUCAACUUAGGCAACUGUCACUCUCCCGCAUCACUACGCUUCCUCAGUCAUGCGCUAUACCUUUUCUAAAUGUCCAUGUCUCGAGCAAGAGAUGUUAUAAGAUAUUGUGUAUUUGUUUGUGGACAAUAAAAUUAUGGUUUUGAUCGCACAACUUCUUUUUUCUUUUGUAAAUAACAAUUUAACGAAAUUAACGUAUUUGUUUUGGUAAGUACUUAUUUAUAAAGAGUCUUAAUCAGUCGCAGUCACUUCCCUUUUGUCUGUUCUAGGAACCGCUGCCUCGCGCUAUCGUUUUAUUAUUCAGAAAAUGCGUGCACAAUAAUAUGAGACUGCAAAAGUUCGCGUCUCCCCGUAUGCGCCCGUAUUUAUCGUUUAUAUCAACGCAUUUUGUAUCCAUUUCAGAUUUCAAUGCAUUAGUGCAUUUUUUACGCAUUGUAUAGUGACGCUACUGGGAAAGGGUUUAGUUAUUAUAUUAUCGUGCACGCAAACUAAUAACGGUACCAGUUUAUAUCCAUUCCAGUCAUAUUUUUCUACCAAUGUGUUUUGUCUUAAUUCCUUUAGCAUUAAUGCCUCUGCCCGAGCAGUUAACAGAACUGCAUUGAAGUUGAAUAAAAUUAUUCACAUUUUAAAUCGGUCAAACCCGAAUUACGCGGAUCAAGAACGUGUUUAGGUUAACAAAGUGUCAAUUAGGUACAUAUUUGAAUUUUGAAUUUGAAAAAAAAUGACGACAUGAAUAUAGCCGGUUAUACAUAUGUACAAUGAAAAUUCUGAAAUAUCUGAAAUUAAUCAAAACUCUCAAUCUCGCUUAUUUUGUACUUGAAUUUAUUCGAGAUUCGUUUAUGUAAAGAAAUAUGCGCUUUAAACGCCUGAAUAUCGACGCUAACUUUACUUAAUUUCUAUUAAAAAUGUUUUAUCAAAGCUUUGAAAACAUUGCAACAGCUUUCUGGAAAUUUUGACUACCUACUUUUUAACCAUCGAUACUAAGAACUAGAUAAGAAAAUAGAAAAAAGAUAAAAAAAUUUUUACUCGUAAUCGAUUUCGAAAUGUCUACGAAUCUUUUAAUUAAAAAAGUUAAAAAUCGCGUUUAAAAAACAUGUUUCCAGAUUGCUUUUAAAGCUUUAAAAUUACUGGCGCCGGUAAAUACCCGUUUAAUUAAAGGUGCAGACAAAUUACUGUGUUGUGGUGUGUUGUGACAAGGCGAUUGGAAACGUACAUUUAUGUAUGUAUGUACGUAUACUGCGUGUACACUGAUCUGUCAUGGCUCUGGCGCACUGACGCUGGAUCGAUGAAUAAAUCGUCGCGCCAGUGUGUUGCAAAACACCGUGUGUACGUCGUCACAUAAAAAUGUAUGACUAUAAAUCAUUGAUAUAAUUGACAAGACAUUUCUAUUUACUGACAUUCUAUUUUCUUAAAAAUUUAUUUUAAGCAAUUUAAUUGAAUUAAUUUAUGAUUAUAUUCUUGCUGAGUUUAGAUUUAUUCAUAAAAAAAUGUAGUUCCUUUGUUAAAUAAUAAUUUCCAAUUUCCGUUUAUUGUCAUUCACCUUACACUUAAACUUGUAACUUUAACCUUAUGUACCACCUAUUGUAUAACGUGUAUUUGCAAUAAAUAAAUUAUGAUUAUUAUGAUUAUGAAGAUAUGGUCGUCCGAAUAAAUUUUAUCACUAAUAAAAUCACUAAAAUAAUCAUGAAUCACUAAAUAAAUCGGCGCCAUCUCUUAAACACAUCCAUCUCUUCAUGAACUCGGCAUUUUAGCAAGAGCAACUUCUGCUCGCGUUUUAAAAUCCAGACGUCACAGUUCGUUUCGGUGCUCCUCUUACAUUUUAGCACUGAGGAAUCAGUGCCAUUUGUUUGUUCAAUGACUGGGUCCAUAAUAUUAUGAAGUAAUAUCUAUAUCUUAGUCUAUACUCCAAAUGAUUGCCUUCUGUUGUAUCCCACACACCACCAAAACACAGUAAUGUGCUUGUAGCUUUACUGAAACGUGCGACUUGUCAAUUAAAAUAAACAUGUGUUUAGCGUUUCGGCGUCUAAAGUCGCGGUUAAAUCAGAUAGAUCUAAAUUUAAUCAUCGUCGUCAUCUUACAAUGAAAUUUUAGAUCUGUCCCGUUUAAUUUUAGAAAACUAAAUCGGGUCUCUAUCGUUUUAUAUAUAUUUAGGCGAUUGUCUACGGACGUAGUCCAAGAUUCGACCAAUUACUAUUGUUCCAUAGCAGAAUGUUAUAUACUUAAAUGAAUCAUAUUUUCUAAUUGAUAUAAUUCUCUCUAUAAACAUUAGAUGUCUUCAUUAAAAAAAAUCUCAAAUUAAUUGUGGUAAUGAAAUAUGUACAACGUAAAUUUUAAGAUUGCUGUAAGUAUUAUUAGAAAGUAAUUAGAUAAUUAAUAAUUGUAAUUCAAUAUGACGAGUUGGAUGCUGUGUGAAUAAAAUAUGGAGGUUGUUUUGUUCCAAACAAAAAUGUUAUUUAUUUAUGAAUAAACAAAUUUUGAAAUA